AUGGCGCGUAUUGUGCCGCGCGCGCCUCAAAGAGCCAAUAGAUCACUACAAAUAGGGCCCAACGAGACAAUACCGGCCAGAAAAAAUGUCUUCUUGGUUAAACUAUCGCAAGCAAAGGACAAAGAAAAAGGACAUUUUUAUUUUUGUGCUAUUAAAACUUAUUGGGGUUUUCAAUUUAAACAUUGUGACGUAGUGUCUAAAAAACAAUGGGAUGGCUUGAAUCCAGUCCAUGUGGAGUACCUGGCGAGGCCAGUAGACCUGGUCAUCAUCCAGCAUACCGUCACUCGAACUUGCAAUACGGAUGCUGCUUGUGCUGAGAUCGUGAGGAACAUUCAAGAGAACCAUAUGGACAACUUGAACUAUUGGGAUAUUGGGUCCUCGUUCGUGAUUGGUGGUAAUGGCAAAGUGUACGAGGGUGCUGGAUGGUUGCAUGUUGGUGCACACACUUAUGGCUACAACAGGAGAUCUUAUGGCAUUACUUUUAUUGGUAACUAUAACAAUGACACGCCAACCCAAGCGUCGUUGGAUGCAUUGAAGGCUUUGCUCCGUUGUGGCGUGGAACGAGGUCACUUGACGGCCAACUACCACAUUGUUGGACAUCGUCAGCUCAUUGCCACUCAGAGUCCUGGAAGAAGGCUCUACAAUGAGAUCAGAAGAUGGCCCAAUUGGCUUGAAGAUGUUCACCUGCUUCUCAUGCGCGAAGGUGUAGGCUCGUCACCUGCUACCAUUGUGCCUUUUCUGAGUAAUAUGAACUUUCCAAGAUUAUUUAGACAUACGGUGGAGAAAAACAUCACGAGGCAACCUGGACGUAUAAUUUAUAAGUUUGAAUUGGCAAUCAGCCUUGAGCAAGCGUUGUGA